AUGCACCGCCUUCUGAUGAUAUCGCUUCUGCUCCAGAGCUGCGUCAGUCUGAGUCGCCACCCGCUUGUGGGGUACUGGCACGACUUUACCAACCCCGCCGGCAGCACGUACCCACUGCAUCAAAUCUCGGUCGACUGGGACGUCAUCCUCGUGGCGUUUGCAAGCGCACUCGGCAACGGCAGCGUCGGCUUGACGCUGGACCCAGGCGCGGGCUCGGAAGCGACCUUCAUUGCUGACAUUGCGGUGUUGCGAGCGUCCGGCAAGAUCGUUGCGCUCUCGCUCGGCGGCCAAAAUGGUGCCGUGACGCUGGGCGAUGCGACCGAGACGGCCAACUUUGUCUCGACGACCUACGACAUUUUGAAAAAGUAUGGCUUUGACGGCAUCGACAUUGACUUGGAGAACGGCGUCUCGCAAGGUCUCCCGAUCAUCAACAACCUCAUCAACGGCGUCAAGCAGCUCAAGCAAAAGAUCGGCGACUCGUUCUACCUCUCGAUGGCGCCCGAACACCCGUACGUCCAGGGCGGCUACGUAGCGUUUAGCGGUAUCUGGGGCGCGUACCUCCCGAUCAUUGACGGUCUCCGCAACGAGCUCACGCAGAUCCACGUCCAGUACUACAACAACGGCGGCUUUGUCUACAUUGACGGCCGCACGCUCAACGAAGGCACGGUCGACUGCCUCGUCGGCGGCUCGCUCAUGCUCAUCGAGGGGUUCCAGACCAACUAUGGCGCUGGCUGGAAGUUCAACGGUCUGCGUCCGGACCAGGUUUCGUUCGGUGUUCCGUCGGGCCCGUCGUCGGCAGGCCGGGGCUUUGUGACGCCAGAGACUGUCAAGCGGGCGUUGACAUGCCUCGCGCAAGGCGUCGGCUGCGACACGAUUCAGCCCAAUACGACGUACCCGACGUACCGUGGUGUCAUGACGUGGAGCAUCAACUGGGACAGCCACGACGGCUACGCCUUCAGUGGCGCCAACACAUGCGUCGUCCAUUCCCUCGAUUUCACCCGCAUCGUCAACCGCCGCACCAACGUCAGCUGCACCCAUCACACCAGCACCAAGCAAUAA